GAGCCGCCGCCGCGGGUCCGGCGCUGCCCAGAGCUGUGGAGCACCGGGCUCGGCCGUCGCGGGCGGAACAUGGCGCCCUGGACGCUGUGGCGCUGCUGCCAGCGCGUCGUGGGCUGGGUGCCGGUGCUCUUCAUCACCUUCGUGGUCGUCUGGUCCUACUACGCGUACGUGGUGGAGCUGUGCGUGUUUACUAUUUCUGGAAAUGGAGAAAAUGGAAAGACCGUUGUUUACCUUGUGGCUUUCCAUCUGUUCUUUGUUAUGUUUGUAUGGUCCUAUUGGAUGACAAUUUUCACAUCUCCCGCUUCCCCCUCCAAAGAGUUCUACUUGUCCAAUUCUGAAAAGGAACGUUAUGUGAAGGAAUUCAGCCAAGAGAGACAACAAGAGAUUUUGAGAAGAGCAGCGAGAGCCUUACCUGUCUACACCACGUCAGCUUCAAGAACUAUCAGAUAUUGUGAAAAAUGUCAGUUGAUUAAACCUGAUCGGGCGCAUCACUGCUCAGCAUGUGACACAUGUAUUCUUAAGAUGGAUCAUCACUGUCCUUGGGUGAAUAACUGUGUGGGAUUUUCUAAUUACAAAUUCUUCCUGCUGUUUUUAUUGUAUUCCCUAUUAUAUUGCCUUUUCGUGGCUAUGACAGUUUUAGAGUACUUUAUAAAAUUUUGGACGAAUGAACUAACAGAUACACGUGCAAAAUUCCACGUGCUUUUUCUUUUCUUUGUGUCUGCAAUGUUCUUCAUCAGCAUCCUCUCACUUUUCAGCUACCACUGCUGGCUAGUUGGGAAAAAUAGAACAACAAUAGAAUCAUUCCGUGCACCCACGUUUUCAUACGGACCUGAUGGAAAUGGUUUCUCUCUUGGAUACAGUAAAAAUUGGAGACAAGUCUUUGGCGAUGAAAAGAAAUAUUGGCUACUUCCAGUAUUUUCAAGCUUGGGUGAUGGCUGCAGUUUCCCAACUCGCCUUGUGGGAAUGGAUCCAGAGCAAGCUUCUAUCACAAACCAGAAUGAAUAUGCCAGAAGUAUUGGCUCAAAUCAACCUUUUCCUAUCAAACCACUUAGUGAAUCAAAAAACCGCUUGUUGGACAGUGAAUCUCAGUGGCUAGAGAAUGGAGCAGAAGAAGGCAUUGUCAGAUCAGGUAUAUAAAAACACAUUAUGGACUGAUAUUUUCAAUUUUAUUUGCAAGAAAAUGACAAUGGAAUUAAAUUGAGUAUAAAUGAAGAUAUAUUUUUUAAAAAAGGAAGCUUUGUGCAGCGUGCUGGAUCCACAGAAGCACUACUCUGGAGCAGAACAAUGCCUUAAUCUUAAGUGUCUGUCUGUGCAACAUUGCUUUACAGCUACGGAAGUGACUUAAUUUUACUUUGGAAUUAACAGUUGUUGUGAGAUUUCAUAAUAUGAGCUAUCAUCACAUGUUAACAUGGCAUAUGUACUUUUUUUUUUUUUUUUUAAAGUUGACCAGUAAGGGGAUCCCAACCCUUGACUUGGUGUUGUCAGCACUACGCUGUCCCAAAUGAGCCACGGGCCGGCCCCAUAUGUACUUUUUUGAUGCCUGAGUUACAUUAUUAGAGGUGUUUCUUAGUAUUCAUGUAAAUUUUCACUACAAAACCACAAGCUAAAAACUUGUCUUGAGUGAAGUACAUCUAGGGCAAAUGGUGGCUGAAUUUGAAUAAUAGCCAAUUUACUGUUGCUUGAACUGUAUAAGGAAAAGAAAACAACUGCUUUUUUUAGUUGGGUGUUUGCUAAUUUAUAAUUACUGUUUUAUACUUUUCAACCUUUUUAUUAAAGAUUUUUUUAUUGUUGGCUAUAAAAUAAAACUCAGAAGGAUUCAGAUAUCAAAAUUUAAUCACAUAGAACAUGGAACACAUUUGUAUAAUUCACUGAAGGCUUAGUUAUUAGCAUUAAUACAAUCAUGUAGUGUAGUAUAUGCCCACUGCUUAAAGGAAACUUGGCAGUAUAAGAAAUAUUUGGGGUUCUGUCUGCUUUUUAACUAUUUCUUUGUUGAACUUUCAGGGGUAUAUUUAUAAGCAGGGAAACACAAAGGUACAUGUGCUGUAGAAAUAUUGGACACAGUAGGAAGAGGUGGAAGUGGCUGGAAGAAGAGCAGAGAGAAAGAUAGGCAGGAUAUUUUAAGCUGUUAAAAACUGUUUUCAGUCCUAAAGGUAUGUAGAAUAAAACAUGCUGUUGAGUUGACUUUCAAAUUCCAAUUUAGGUAAUGACUAAAAAUUUCUUUGAAUAACAGCUUAAACAGUGACUUAGAAUGCAAUUCAAACUACGCAAGAAACUGUUUAGAAUAAUAGGGAUCUUAAGAAGAAAUUCUAACGUGAGUAGUCAUUUAAAAUUGCCAGUCUCUGAGAAGUGGAUUACACUCUACAAUGUAAAAUCUUGAACCUGGCUUCCUAUCAGCAGCCCUUUUCUGACUAGACACAUUUCUUCUUUUUCCAUUUAAAAUCUAAACAAAUUGACAGGAAUUCUAAAGAAAAGUACAGUAUUCUAUGAAAGAUGAACAGUGUAGAAAUAUUACUUAUUUAUACUGUUCAAUCAACCACACACACACACACACAAAGUGAUUGCUUCCAGUAAGUUAGGAGAAAUAAAUCUUACCAGCAUCUGUAAGCAUCAAAGGUUAUAGUUUCUUUGUCUCUAAAAUGAGAUUGCAGGGGAAGGGAGUGUUGUGAAUUGCACUGGAUGACUUCUGACAGUCUGCCAUGCCUAAUUUUUCAAAAUAACCUUACUUUUCAUUCAUCCAAUAAAUAUUUUUAGAGUAUCUUCUGUAUGGCCAAACAAUGUAUUAGAGAUAGCUCUAUAAUUUCCUAAUGUAGCAUAAAUUUUAUAGUUGCUAUUGCAGUUUUACAAUUUGUAGGAUUUGUCUAAUUUCCAUCAGUUAUACUGAUAUUAGAUUUCAAAAAGAAGUAACUUUUCCACUUUGAGCCAAAGGAGUGAGUUAGCUUUGAAAACAGUUUGCAGUACUAUGGCACAGAUUCUUCUACCUUUGUUUCAACUCUUUAGUUUUAAUAAUCUUGAUUCUAGAAAACUAGAAUGAGUUAAGAGGUAUCAAUUACCAACCAAAAAUGUAACUUCAGUUUGGUGGUUUGCAUAUUAUAAGGAAAUAGCAAAUGUUUAAACAUGCUUGACUAAUUUUCAAAAUGUUCUCCUGGUAUAUUUUGUGAGUGUUUCUACAUUUAGAUCAAAAGAUUUGCAUAAACUUGGCUAACAACUGUGGAAACAUUUUUCCUCUUUAAUCUAUUCAGGUAGUUUUAUGGCAUUGUAAUAUUUCUCAAUUUUAACUUCUGUUGUUGAACAUCAUCUUUAAUAGCACAGUAAACACCUUUUAAUGUACAGCCAACAUUUUGCCAUUUUCUGGAUAAUGUUUAGCUGAAUUUAUUCAUACAUAUUAAUGACCGUUCAGUAAUGGCCUACUAGUGAUGGGAAUUGGGGAAAGGCUGCCUCUUUGGUAUUUCAACUGGUAUUGAUUAUUGCUGUCAACUAUUUGGGGAGAAAAUGUCAAAAUGAAACUGUCAAAAUUUAUAAGUAUUUUCUUUGGUCCUUCAAACACUUGAACAUUUGUCAUGAUACUUAAACAAAAUAAAGCUGAAUAUCAGGGCUCGCCAUUGCUAUUAAAAACAAAUGAGACAGGAGAGUUAGUUUACCUGGGUACAAAUUUUCUUGAAUAUUCAGUAUCUGAGGCAUCUGACUAAUAUCAGUAUGCCAAACCAAAGAGCUGCAGUACAUUGUUACUAAAAAUGAACACGUUUACACGUUUAGUUUCAUCUUUACAUAAGGAUGAUUUUUCAGAAACUUUUUACAUACUUAGUGGUUAUGAUCCAAUGUAUCAUAAGUGAAUCUAACUGUAAGGUUGGUUUAAAUCAUAUAUGCAAUGUUUACUUGAAUUUUAUUUUUAUUAGAAAGCAGAUUUUGACUAUGUUUACAGGAUUGUUUAAAUCAAAGAUUAUCAGACUUGUGAGAUCUCCAGUUAGCUUUAAAGCAGGUGUAUACUAAGGGCUUCGGGUUAGGAUCUAGAUAUUUUGGGCACUGAAUAGACAGUAAAUUACAAAUAUGUUUUGCUUACAUUUUGUUCUAGGACUAGCACUGCUAUCAAUAAAAAGU